UUUUCAGCGCUGCAGGACUAGCAACCCUGCAUACUUGCGACAAUUCAAAUCGUAUAAUCUGGCAACCAAAUCAUAAACAACUGUCAACAUCGCCGGCAAGGUAAAAAAGAAAACUCAGCAGAUAAACAAACUGUUGUGUGAUGUUGCUGCUUUUGAUUUGAUUAUUUAAUUGGUUUUACUUAAAUACAAUGAAAAACGACAGCGACUACGAAGAGGAAGAAUAUCUGGUUUCGGAGGAUGAAAUGGAAGCAGAAGAUCCAAUUGCAUCGGCUCUCUCCCCAGUUAUUGAUUCAGAUUGCAGCAACAUCAGUGAAACGGGCGACGAUGCUGGUGACGGUAUUCCAUCUGAUUCUGCAGCCGAGAAGGAAGAAAAACUGUUCUUGUUCAAGGGAUUUUUUUUCGAACGUUUCUACCGCAACCAGCUGCGACCUCGAGAAAUGUUUCGGUGCGACAUCGACGGAAAUUCUACGCAAGACAUCAUUCAAUCCCUGUGGGAGGCGGUGAAGAAGCAUGUUCGUCGCGAAGUGGUUUUCCGGGAUGAAGAUCCGAACUGGUGUGACAAAUCUGAACCCGACUGCGAGGACAUUGCGCGAUUCGUAACUUUACAAGAUAAGGAGAAAAAGAAAGGAUUUUCUAUCACCGAUCUGAAGCACCGGUUGUUAGUGAAGUGGCGUGGAAAACAUAUCAACGUAUAUGUUUAUGUGUACUCCACUAAUGUCGGCACGAACUCCCAGUACCAGUGUUUACUACGAAAAUUGGUCGCACCACAAACUCCGGAUCGAUCGGGAGCUCACUCAACUAAAGACGAUGCUGCAUUGGCAAAUCAGUUGCGUGAUAAACACCGAGACCUGGAGGGGCAUUUCAGUUCUUGGCUGUUGUGGGCGAAUCUGAUCAAUUCUUCGCCAGCUCAUGAGAGAGAGCGAUUGAAGCUAGCUGCUACACCACCAUUGGAGCUGACUAAAUAUUUCCGCUGGACGCCAGUGUCCGAAGCAGCAAGACUCCAAUCGGUGCAUAGGGGAAUGGUAGUGGCGAAUACGAUUAACGAAGGCUGGAUGAAGGGGAUUGCCGACAUCAAACAGGACAUUGCACUGGCGAGCAAAAUUCUUCAAGGAGUGGCACACAAAGUGGAAGUAUUAGAAUCGAGGGGUAUGUUCGGAUCCGAAAUUUGCUCGGCGAUGGAAACAACUAUGCGACCUGAAGAAACUGAACUCAGCAAGACCCUAUCUGCAGAUGUUACGGAUUGUGAGGACAUCGAUCACAAUUGA